ACUGCGGUACAGCAACAGGAAGUACUUAACGCCGGACACAAGCAUGACGGGAGCAGUGCUAACAAAGAGAUUCAUUCGAGUUGUGCAAUAAAUGUAACAUGAUGAGGCCAAAGAGGUUCCACCACUGCAGUCGCUGUUGACAUUGUGUGCGGAGGAUGGAUCAUCACUGUCUGUGGAUUAAUAACUGUGUUGGGGAGGACAACCACUGCCUUUUACUACAGCUGUGCUUUUACACCCAGAUCUUGAGUUUUUUUACACUGGUGCUGGAUUUCGGCCAGUACUACUACUUCCAGCCUUUAACACGAGUUAGUGGGAACAAGCUCUUCAUGUGCAGCUUUGAAGUUCGGUCAGAACAUCUCCUGAUCAUUGUUCAUCUUGUCUCUGACGCUGAGCAGCUGAGCUUGUUAUGGAGUGGCUCAACAGUGGUACACAGGACACAACCACAAUUGAAAAAAUGUUUCACUGCUGUGAUGAAAUAUUGAGACCCAGAAAGGCUUGGCAGCAGACCUUUGCUGAGGUUUUUGGCACCUGCUGGAAGAUCCUGUGGUUUGUUCCUUUCAGAAAGAGGCAGCCGCAGCGAAUCCCCUACCAUUUUACCAGUAACGUAUAGACAGAUGGAAGAAGAUCGGGCCCCAGAAGGGAAACUUUGGACUGGAAGUCAUUUUAAAGGUUUUAAAAGACAACUGUCAGCCUGAUGUCUUCCAAAAUAAUAAUACAAGAUCUGGUUACAUUUAACGUUUUUCUGCUGUUUUAUUUCAUCAAGUCCCUAUUCACAAGAUGAUAUCUUCAAAAACAGGAAGCUUUUUGGUGGGAAAUGGUUAACUUCCAUUUUUUCAUUAUAUAUAUUUUUUAAUAAGGACCUUUGAUUUGUGUACACAUUAGGGAUGCAAUGGCUAUGAUUUUCCCAAACUGAAACUGAACCAAAACCGACAUU